GCAGUAACACUCUUUCGAAGAAGAAGACAGCAGGUGUCUGAGUUACCGCCGUUACUUUGGUGUGUGUUGGUGUAAUUUCGGAGCAAAUAACAGGCUAGGAUGGCACAGUGGGGUGCCAUAUUCUCUAUAAUUGCUGCUCUGGGAGGAGCAGGGCUUCUAGCCUCUGUGCACAAGAUCGAUGAGGGACAUACUGGAGUUUACUACAGGGGAGGGGCUCUCCUGACCACCACCAGCGGCCCUGGUUUCCAUCUUAUGCUUCCAUUCAUCACCACCUACAAGUCUGUCCAGACAACGCUGCAGACAGAUGAAGUAAAGAAUGUACCGUGUGGCACAAGUGGAGGAGUGAUGAUUUACUUUGAUCGCAUAGAAGUGGUCAACUACCUCGUUCCUUCAGCAGUCUACGACAUAGUGAGGAACUUUACCGCAGACUACGACAAAGCUUUGAUAUUCAACAAGGUUCACCAUGAGCUCAACCAGUUCUGCAGUGUUCACUCACUACAGGAGGUCUACAUUGGCUUGUUUGACCAAAUUGAUGAAAACCUGAAGCUAACGUUACAAGAGGAUCUAACCGGCAUGGCACCUGGACUUAUCAUACAGGCGGUCCGUGUCACAAAACCCAACAUCCCAGAGAGCAUUCGCAGGAACUACGAGCUCAUGGAGAGCGAGAAGACAAAGCUGCUGAUUUCGCAACAGACACAGAAGGUCGUGGAGAAAGAGGCGGAGACAGAAAGGAUCAAAGCCGUCAUAGAGGCUGAGAAAGUGGCCCAAGUGGCAGAGAUCAAAUUUGGACAAAAAGUCAUGGAGAAGGAGACCGAGAAAAAAAUCUCUGAAAUUGAAGACGGUGCCUAUCUGGCCCGACAGAAAGCCAGGGCAGAUGCAGAGUUCUACGCAGCACAGAGAGCUGCUGAGUCCAAUAAGGUUAAGUUAACACCAGAGUACCUGCAGCUCAUGAAGUACAAAGCCAUCGCAUCCAACAGCAAAAUCUACUUCGGGAAUGACAUCCCCCAGAUGUUUGUGGACUCUGCAGGCAGUUCUAUCAAGGCCUCCGCAGCCAUGGACAUUAUGGGGGAGCAGAUCCUGGACCUGGAUUAGCAAGGGAAGGUAGCAGGACUCACAGGGACCACCCAGGGGUGGAGGACUAACUGCUGGAGGGCACAGACCUACACGUCGGGCAGGUUCUCCCUCUGGCCCCCGGAAGACCUCUGCUGACCAGGGCCCGUAUUUGUCAAACAUCUCAGAACCACAGCUAGACUUCAAAGUUGGACUAGGAUGAACAGGAUUCUUCUUCUUCUUAUGUUCUGAUAGCAAAUGAGAUCAUCUAGACUCAGAAUGGUAAAUUUAGGUGAAUGAGGAAAUAGAUAAAAUAGCAUCACCUGUGGGUUUAUGAAGCUCCUUACAUGAAAGUUAAUAUUGAAUGAUCAUGUUGUCAUAAAGAUAGUUGAGGCGAGGUGUUAACUACAACAUCAAAGAUAACAAAUCCAUGAAUAAUUCCAGUAUGUGAGAUACUGUGUUAUCAGUGUGGAGAUUGAUCUCAUACACCACGUGGAGCUGUGAUACUUGCAACAAACAGCCUCAAACACAUUAUUAAAUAUGCAUAAAGUUGUAAUCUUGAAGGUUUUGGUCCUGGUUGAUUGGGGGACACUGGUGUUAACAUCGAGUACAUGUCCCAGAGUUGUGUGGGUAGGAGAAACUUGCUGAGCAGCUACUUUGUCCAAAAUAUAACAAAGAAUCUUUUUACAGUGCAGCCAAACAAUCUCAUGUUCUUUAAAUAAAGAAGCCCCUCAAUAAUUGUCCUUUUUUACAUUAUGACAUGAGCGACCAUGAGUUGGAGGAAUAGCAGCUGCUUUUCUUUUCUUUUUCUUUUUUUUGUCGUUGUUUUUGCAGCUCUUCAUCUCACUGCUCACUGGUCCAUCACUCCCUGCUAAAUUUAAACCUGAUUCGCUGUCAUUAAAAGCCCAAAAUAAAUUGUUUUGUUGAAGCGUUCUUCAAGAUUGAUCGUUAACCUCUGCCUCAAAUGCUUGCAUUUCCUGUAUUGGUAGACAAUAAAAGCCUACCCAGCCCAGCUGAACACUUUUAGUUUGAAGCUGCAGUAGUAGGAAAUGUUUUUCAUCAGUAAUUUAUCACAGCUGUGAUGCAGCUUUAAGAGCGCAAGUACAAAAGUAAACAAUGAAGUCAAAUCUUAAACUGUAACACUUGAUUACAUGCUGCACUGUUUCCUGUGAAUCCCUUAACUCUCCCACUAAAAAUUAAACUACUUUCUAAAGUGGCGAUUACAGAAUAUAUAUAUAUAUAUGUAUAUAUAUAUAUAUAU